CUCAUGUCCGGCGGGAUGUGGACAUCAUGCAAAUUACAAUGUUUGAAUAUAAAAACAUUAGUGAAACGAUUUCAUUUAUGAAAUCAAUUUGUAUUCACCAUAAAAGAAAGUCCUCUUCCUUUUUAACAUGUUUUAUUCUAUUAUUUCCGUGUAUUUCUUGUGCUUCUUCAUUUUACAAGCGUUUGAAAAUGCAGCAUAUGCAUGCAACCACAGUGAUAUCUCUGUGACAUUACUAGACGUUGCAACAGAUAUGAUUGCUAAAGCAAAACUUAACAUUCCUGUCUGUACAAAUUUGUCUCCGAGUUUAAUACCCAAGCCAGUAGAUUGUGAAGAGGUUUUACGCAAUGGGCAUGCCGAAACUGGUAUCUACACCAUCUGGCCUCGGAGUAGGGUGUCCGAAGAGAAAUCUCUGCAGGUGUAUUGCGAUAUGGACACGGAAGGGGGAGGAUGGACGGUCAUCCAACGAAGAGGAGAUUUUGGUAGAGCCAAAGAUUAUUUCUUCAAAGACUGGGAAAGUUACAAGAGAGGUUUUGGUGAUAUUGACAAGGACUUUUGGUUUGGAAACGAUAACAUAUUUGCCUUGACCAGUCAACGUCUGUACUCUAUUCGAUUUGAUUUGAAGGCAGUCAAUGGAGAAACAAGCUAUGCUCUGUACGAUACCUUUUGGAUAGACGAUGAAGACCACAAAUACACAUUGCACAUCAAAGAUUACACAGGAAAUGCAGGAGAUUCGAUGGCCACCCAUCACGACAACGCAAAAUUUUCUACAAAAGAUGUGGAUAAUGACAACCAGAAGGACAACAAUUGUGCUUUGAAGUUCAAAGGUGGUUGGUGGUAUAACUCAUGCCACGUUUCAAAUCUGAAUGGCCUUUACUUGAAGGGACACCAUGAAAGUUUUGCCGAUGGUGUCAACUGGAAGAGUUGGAAGCACUACAACGAAUCACUUGAGUUCACCGAAAUGAAGAUACGUCCGCGUAAUUUUGGAAAAAGUGUUAUAUCUGAGAACACGCCGAGAGAUCUUUGACAUAAAACUCCUUUAUCGACAUGAAAUUAUUUAUCAAACUCUCCCAUUUAAUGUGAAAUCUCUAUUUCCAUAAAUGUCUGCCUUUAUAAUCUAUUUGAAUAAAUUCAUUUUUCUUUGAAUUAGAAUAA